AUCUCCAUACCAAAAAAAUGCGCACAAAAAUCACGCUGGUGCACGUUAACCUAGCGCACGUUAGCACUCUCACCCGCUUCCCAAACGUUAAAUCUCACCCCUCCCCCUUCUCUCUCUCUCUUCUCUCUCUCUAUACAUUUAUAUGAAUGUUUCGCGGCGAUUUAGCAACAAACACAAAACUCACAAAGACGAACAACAACAAUCACACCAUCCGAUUUCACAACUUCACCGGCAAGAUCCGACCGAAAGACGUUCAGAUGGUAUCCACCGGUAAGAGAAACACCGGCACCGAACGAGAUAUGGUGGACAGAUUGAAGCCACAAUUGCACAAUUUCGAUUUGCCGUGCUUAAAGUGGGGAAACCAGAAGCUUUUACGCUGCAUGAAGGUAGAUUCAAACGCAGAUGUGUCGGUUUUUGAUCGUAAUCAAUCGUCGGAGAGCGGCGGCGGAGCAAAACGGAGGAAUUCGGAGGCGGAGAAACGGUUUAGAUCUAGUUAUGACGUUGAUCGUAAUCAUUCGUCGGAGACCGGCGGUGGAAUCGGAACGUAUCGGAGGAAUUCGGAGUGUCAGAAAAGGUUUAGAUCGAGUUAUGAUGAUGAUGUUCGUAAAACAGAGAGUUGUUAUAAGUUUUCUUCGUCGGAGAAAGUGAACGUCGAUCGUAAGCAAUCGUCCGGCAGCGGCGGCGGUGGCACUGUUAUCGGAGCAAAACGGAGGAAUUCGGAGUGUGAGAAACGGUUUAGAUCGAGUUACGAUGAUGUUGAUCGGAAAAUACAGAGCUAUUGCAAGUUUUCUUCGUCGGAGAAAGUGAACGUGGAUUCAAACGUCAAUCGUAAUCAUUCGUCGGACGGCGGCGGCGCCGGUGGCGUUGUGAUUGGAGCAAAACGGUUUAGAUCGAGUUAUGACGAUUUUGAUCGGAAAAUACAGAGUUGUUAUAAGUUUUCUUCGUCGGAGAAACCGCCGGCGAGAAUCGGAAUCGGAAACCUAAUCUCUGGAGACGGUGAGAUCGAAGCGACUAGAGAGAAACUGAUGUUUGAUUUUCAAAACGAAGUUGUGAAGAUGAAGGACGCUAUUCUCCGUGAGCGGCUGGUGGAUCCGUCGCCAUCUACAGCGGCGGCGGCUUCCACACCGCCGUACAAUCCUCCGGCAGAGCGGCCGUGGAAUCUGAGAACGAGAAGAGCUGCGUGUAAGGCGCCACGUUCUCCGGCGAACGGCGUUAAUAAUCACGGUGAGGUUUUAAAACCUAAUUCCUCUCCGGCAACAAAACUCCGGCCGGCGAGCGGUGUUUCUGGUGAAUCUACAACUGCUGAGGAGAGAGAGAGACCGAAGUUUUCGGUUUCGCUUUCCCGGCGAGAGUUGGAGGAGGAUUUCAUGGCGAUGGCCGGCCAGCGACUGCCACGUAAGCCAAAGAGACGACCUAGGGCUGUUCAAAAGCAAUUGGAUACUCUGUUUCCGGGAUUAUGGUUGUCUGAAAUAACUGCUGAUCUUUACAAAGUUCCCGAUGAGGCCGAGACCGGGAAGAGGUAGCAUUAGGGAUCUGUAUGAUGCAACAAUGGGGAAGUAUGGUUAUGAAUAAUAAGUGGAGUAGUUAUGUUUGAUUUCUUCAAAAAGAGGAUUUGAUUUGAUUUGAAGGAUUUGAAUUCGCAGAUAAGAUCUUGGUGUAAGCUGCUGAGUUUUAUGCUAAUUUUGAUUUUGAUAGUAGUAGUCAAAACAUGUUGAUAGAUGUGUUUCUUUUCUUAUAGAUGUUCAAUGGAAUAAGAGUUGGCAUUUUAUAAACUUGUCGCUUGUCGCUUCGAGAUUC